GAAGCUUACCACCACGUGCGACAUUCCUCUCGCAAUGGACACCCACCACGCGAAUGGACAAUCGCAGAGCCCUUCGGAUGUGCCCCCUCUCCCCGAACGAGAGGCACAGCCCGCCAUCUCGGCAUGGCGCCGAUAUGUCCAUCUGUACGCCCCCAUGAUCGCCAGCAUCUUUGCUCUAUCCUUGUCGCCAGCCAUCCACCAAGCCCUUGGCCUUCCAACUGGCACGAACAUACUACCAAUCACGGCCUCUUUUGCGAUACCCACAUAUCUCGCAGCAUCCUUAUUCUACCCCACAAACCAACCCGAACCUACUCCCGAGCAAUCGAUCCGCUUCACGCGUAAAAACGACUUCUACCGCGCAGGUGUAAUCGCAACAUACGGUCGGCUGUUCGAUGCGCCGUACAACGUUACACGCUUCUUGAUGGAUGUACUAUUGAGUUACGGCGCCGACCAAGUCAUCGGCGAACGUGCUGUUGGCACGAAACAGCGGCGAUCAAAUUUUCUGGUUGCCUUGACGUGGAUUGUCGGUAGCAGAAUGGUCGCACUCUGUCUGGCGUUCGAUACACCUGUCCUGCAAAGACUCGUCGUCAUGGUGGAUCGAACGCUCUUUCGCACGGCCUAUGUCGCGCUGGUAGAUGACGUUCUCGGUGUUUUGACCCAACCUAAUGUUCGAACCUUCAAAGGGAAGAUCACCCUCAUCGCGACCCAAGCAUUUCUUAUCUGCGCGAUCGGACUAGUGUUCGUUGCAUGGGCAAUGAGCCAUUCUGGCGAGAUAGAGAGCGCCUUGGCCGAAAUGAAUGCAGAGUUAGGUGACGUCAGCUCAAAGACCCCAUGAUGUAUUUUCAUUUUAGAUAAGAUUUACCAAGUGUACGAAGCACAAGAUCGCAAGGAGCACGAACAACGUUCGACUACUCUUCGAACCGGACAUCCAUCACACUCCUCCUUUGAUAGGCUCUAGACAGUAUCGAUACGGAGCAUCGGACUGAUGCCUGCCUUGCCGAGACUUUCGCACUCAGCGACUCCAAAUCAAGACUUAUUAUCGCCCGAGUACACGUCGCGAUUCUGGUUGAACAUAGCGAUGUAGACUGGUAAGUGUGAUCAUCGUAAUAGCAUCAUGUAUAUUUUAUGAUACCUCUUACUCAUCAUCGUGCUAUGCUCGUGGUACGUAAAGCUACAUGCAGAUUUCGCACCUUGACGUGUCGACAUUCUCGGGUCAUUCCGUUACGUAGAGGCAUGCGUUUGUCAAGUUGUCCACACGCCUGAAUCGUAGAUCGAUAUAUAUGCUGUCGGUUCAGGUAGUAGUUUACAUUUGACAGCGGCUCUUAGG